UCCUUGCCUCCCGUCCAGCUACUGGUGCGACAGAAGUCAAGAUGGCCAAGGGAAGAAAGAACGCUUCGCAGACAGCCAAGAUCACCGAGAUCGUGGAGCCGACACCUUCAAAGGCUAAAGGCGGAAAAGAUGCUUCGCCAAGCGCGGUGCCAUUCAUCGUCCUGGGCGCGCUGUCGAUUGCUUUCGGCCUCGCCAUCCACCUCACCGCCGUUUGGAACAGCCCGGAAAGGUCCGUCAGUCAACUUCUGGAACUUUCCACCCGCCAAAUCAAGUCUAGAAUCAAUGUAGCUCACGAUUGGCCCGAUGCUGCGACGUCGGCGUUCCUCGAGGCGCACGCACAGACGCUAUUUCGCGCCUUCUUGAUUGCUAUUGCCGUCUUCAAAGACCUUCUUCGAGACGACACAGGCAAGGCACUCUUCCUCAUCAUCACGGCGGUGGGUGCGCCGAUGUUCAAUUUUGCUGCAGUCGAGUCUAUCAAGCACGGUCGGCACCCUCUGCUUCACAUCACCACGUACGCCGUCGCGGCCACGCUGGGCCAAGUGAUGUGCAUCGGUGCCGCUACGCCCUUAUUCUACCUACCUGCCUACGCCUACGUUCGGUGGUCAGAGAGCAAGAAACCCCUCUCGGUCCAUCCUCUCCCCUCUUCCAGCUUCGCCAACGUCUUUCUGGCCCAGCUCGUAGGAGCAGCAACGGUCGCCACGAUUAUCGGCACCGUCUUUCUGCCCGUGGAGAGCCGAGAGUGGCUCCUCGUCAACAUUGCCUUUCAGUUCUUUCCGUUGUUCCUCAUCCCGCUCGCCUUUGCCUCGUCACGGGUCAAAGCGGCCAUCGAUGAGAAUGGCGACGUCUCAAAGCCCCGGCUUGCCACUUCCGAGUCGUACCGCAUGAUGGGCUACAUUUGCCUGGGCCUCUACUACGCCGGCCUCUACUACGGCUUCCAGGGCUUCAGAAGGGCCUAUGCGGCACGCACGUUCAACAACGAUGCCCAAUGGACCAUCUUUUGGGACCUAAUCGGUCUGCUCGGCUCCCUCUAUCUCUUUGUCCUCAUCGACAGCUUCGCAGACGAGGCGGCCAUCAAGCGGGGUGCCCAGAGGGUCCACGCGAGGCGAUUCCUGCCCGAGGACAUCCUCAUGGGCUUGCCCGGUGCGCUCCUCCUAAGCCCUGGCUGGGCCGCAGCGACCUAUUGGCAGAGGAGGGAAGUGCUGGCGGAAAAGGCCAGGCUGGGUGUUGUGCCUAUCGACAAGGACGACUGAGCGGUGUCAUUUGACUAAUCAAUCGGAAAAGGGUCUGCUCGCUUUAGCCUUCGAGACUACUGUACAUCAGAUCUGUUGCUGCAAUCUUUAAAUUAAUCGU